AUGGACAGGUCCAGAGGGGAUAUUACUGGGGGGGGGGGAAGGUGGUUAGGUUGUGGCGGCAGUUAUUCCAUCGUGGAUGUAAUGGGGGAGCGGGGGGGCUGGGAUGAUGAGGGGCGGGGCAGGGGGGGGGGGGGGGGGGGGGGGGUGGACGGAAGAGGGGGGGAUUCGGUAUAUGGGGGGGGUAACGCGGUAGGGGGGGGGGGGAGGGGGGGCGGGGGGGGGGGAACGGGGGGGGUGAGGAGGGCGGGGGGGGGGGUGGUGGGGGGGGGGGGGUGUGGGGCAGGGGGGCAGGAGGGGGGGGGGGGGGGGCCGGAGGAUGUGCAGGGCACAGGGGUGGCUAUGGGGGGUGGGGAAAGGCUGUGGGGGAGGGAGGAACGGCGGGAGGGGGGGGGGGGGGGGGUGGGGGGUAAGGGUCAUCGGGGGUGGGGGGGGGGGGGGUUGGAUUUCUGGGGGGGGGAGGGGCUUGUAAGGGGGUGGGGGGGAUUUCAAUUUAUGAUCGGGUUCAGGAGGGGGCGGGGGAGGGAGGUUAGGGGGGGGGGGGGGGGGGGGGACGGGGGGGAGGGGGGGUGGGGGGGGGGGGCGGGGGGGGGCGGGAAGGUGGGAGGAGACGGGGGGUAUCGGGGGGAUGGGUCGGGGGGGGGGGUCAGGGGGGGGUGGGAUUCAUGGGGGGGGGGACCAAGGCGGGGGGGGGGAUGGUGUCGCCGGGGGGCGGGGGUAGCUAGCGGGGAGGGGGGGGGGGGUUGGGUCAGUUGUUCUAGGAGGGGCUGCUUGAGGUCGGGGGCAGCACUGGGGGGGGGGAAAAAGGGCGUGGUGGCGGGGUGGGGGGCGGGGGGGGUGGGGGGGGGGGGGGACACUUGGUCCCAUGGGGCUCGUAUGCCUACCGGGGGGGCGGGGGAGGGAAGGGGAAGGGGGGGGGGGGGGGGCGCGGGGGGCGGGGAAUCUGUGGGACGGGGGGGAGGGGGGCGUUGGUCGUGGGGGGGGGGGCGGGGGGGGGGAGGGGGGGGGGGACGAGGAGGCUAG